AUGAUGUCGAUGCUAAGGUUUGUUCCGGUUCUUUUGGCCGUGAUUGCCAUUGGUCUAUCCUUGGGCGUCAUUUUCUCUUGCAGCUUUGUGGAGGUCACCAUAGCUGUUGAUGGCCUCCUCAACAGUACCGGUACCAUGUUUGAAAUACUGGAUCAGGCAGUCGAUGUGUCUGCUAUUGGGUUGGACCAAAACAGAGGGGCUGUGUCAGUGGGGGUGGGAGUUUGGAGAGCUUCUGUCAUGACGAGGAAUGAAGGCUUCGUUUGUGAAGUUUUCCCAGAUGCAUAUCUCGAAGGCAUAUUGGCAGCCCGAAUCUGUGGCCUAAUUGCUCCCAUUCUAGCCACAAUUACAGUCUUGGCUCUUUUGGGAGUUGCGCUUUCCUCUACUACCAGAAACGGCCGUUGCUUGCUUUGUUGCGACUGCUCAGUUCCAAUGUCCCUAAUGGUUUGCGCCAUCAGCCAAGCUCUGACCUUCACCAUGUCUCUACAAUUGAGGUCGCUCUACGACGAUGACUAUUACGAAUAUGAUCGAUUCUUGGAUUGGUCUCUGGAUAGUGGCGCCCGCCAAAGCAUUGCCGCAACAGCUUUCUACCUUUCCAGUAGUGUCGCAGUCAACAUCGUUCCUUCACUCAUCGAAAGUUAUCAUCACGAGGAAGGAGAUCAGGACCCAGACUCAAAGCCAGAACAGCCACCAGAAGAACCAGCGCCCACUGAAACGGAUCAUGCUCCGAUCCAGGCAGUUGAGAACGCUGCUCCGUAG